UGAAAGUAAAUUACCCUACAACUUGUGGCCACAGUGGUUGCUUUUUUGUAUGUUUUACAUUUUUGCUUUAAUGUGUCCAUAAUUACCUCAGGCAGACACACACGUAUAGAGCUGAUAGAAACAGUAAACAAGGACCAAACACACAUAAUAAUGCAUAUGUGACUGGUAUAUGCAUCUGUAACAUAUUCAUCAUUAGUGCCUCCAGAACAACAUUUCAGCCAGGGUCUGAGAUCAGAUGGUAAGAAUAGCAUCAGUCUAAAUCUGUAGGAUUAAACAGUGCUGGAAACAGAUGGGAUCUUGAGAGAGAGAGGUCUAGGAUACAUGACGCCUGACGACCGUCUGCCAUGUCGGCUUCUCGUAAUCCCUCACCUGUUCACUCAAAGCUGUGUCACCUUGUAUUGAGCAAACAGCACGGCUAAUCAUUUACUACCUGGGCUCUUUUCUCUGGGUCUGCUGGUGAGCAGAGCACUGGUUUAUCAAUAGCCUGUAGCUCCCAAUAGUGAAGAUGUGGAUGAAAGUAAGGAUCAAUGGUGUUGUGUGUCCUUUUACAAUGAAUGCACUUUUACUACAGUAUGAAUCUCCAUUUAUGGAAAACUACAGUGUCUAGCUGUUUCAGGAAAUUACUCUUCCUUUUUCAAAGUUAAAAGUUUGUAUCUGUGACCAAUUGUCAUUUGCUGCUGAAAUAUAGACUACAGCCAGCCUCAUCCUUUGUUUUAUUUAGUUUUUUUAGGGAGACCCCUUUAAGGAAACUUUCUACUUUGCUUAAUACUGCACAUUAAGUCUACAGCUGUAAAUGUAACAUAUUGCCAUUAAUCAAAGCAAAAACAAUAUAAGAAAGUAAGACUUGAGCGCUCUGUUUUAUUUAAUAACAAAUAUACAUUAAAAGAAGAAAUGCAAAAGAAAAAAGCUUAAAAAGUAAACAAAAAUGAAUGAAAUAAAAAAUAAAGAUGAGUGAACCCGAACUCAAAGGAAGGCCUGGGGGAAGAUGUGGGAAUUCAAAUGGUAGGACAGGAAGUUUCUGACUGAUGAUCACGUCACCAGACAAUGUAAAGUGCAGUAAAUGGGUCUGAUUGACGUUUGUGACAAAAGAAACAUGCCAGUGCUGUGACUCACUCCCCUCGGUGACUUAGACAAGGUUUGUGUUGACAUAUACCAGUGAAUAAUAGUUUGGGCAUGUAUGUCUUUGUCUUUCCCACUAUGAAAUUUGAUACCACAAAUAUUGUCAUAUUCUCCGGCCGUAGCUCCGGGAGCCACCAGUGGUUCGGAGAUGAGUUGGAGGACAUCUGUGAGGCUAUGAAGGUUGUUCCAUGUGUCCAUCAAGCCUGGCUUCCCUCAGACUUGGGUGAGGCAGGGCUGAAAUGGGUUUAUGUCAUGAGCAGAAUAACAGGCAGGGGUCAGGCUGGUGAGCAGUUGGGGAGGGUUACACUAAUGUAUCCUGGCAGCAUGGGCUUUUUCCAUCAAACACUCAAGUAGACAUACACCAAGUUCACACACAGAGGCACACAUAAACAUGUGCAACUGCUUUCUCUCCUCUCUUGCUCUUUAUCUUUAUGUAACUCACGCACAUUCAGACAUCAUCCUGGCACUGCUGAGACACUGCAAGUGGUGAGAUGACGUGAAGUGGUAGAACGUUGCUUCUUUGGUGCAAAUCACUUCAUGCAGUUAUUCUGUAUGGGUGUUGUUCCAUGCCUAAAUCCCUCCUGAUAAGCAGCUCAAUGGAAAUGUCACCUUUAAAGUGAGGAAUUCUAUGAAACUAGAAAUUAGCAACAAUUUUCUAUUGUCUUCAAAUGACUGAUGGAGACUUGAGAUGUUAGAUUUUCCAUAGCUUCUUGUUUAAAGAACCUUUAUUUAAGCAAACUUUUUUUAUUCACAAUCACCAGCCCUUUACAGAUCCAGAAGGAAAAAGAUGUCUUAUUCUUAGUAAGUGAGGCAGUUUGGUGUUGAUUCUUUCUUUUAUGGGUUGCGGUGCAUUUACAGAAAUGCUCUGACACACUCCUGACAUAGACUUAGCGUGGAAAGGUUUUGUUAGAGCAAGGAAGGACAGAAUUAAUACAAGUCUGAUCCAUUAACACAUGAACACAAAAAUCAUUUUCUCUGGUCUCUGAUCAAAGGCACAGUUGUUGGAGAAGAGAAUUUAGCCAUUCAGGUCACUGAUUAGGCCAUGACAUUGCCAGGAUGAAGAAAGUGAACAAGAGCACAAAUGGUGGUUGCUCUAUAAAAAUUCACUGUCACUGAAAGGAACUAUCUCUUUGUAGGAAAAAUAAAUUUUUCACUUUCUUGCUGCGCGCUGGACACGAAGAUCAAUACCAUUCUUAUAUCUGUGCUUUAUGAAGCUACAGUCAGCAGCCUGUUAGCUUAGCCUAGCACAGUAUCUGGGAGAGAAUAUGGUGCACGUCACAAGGAAAUCCGAUGUUGGUCAAGACAAAGAACAACAAGAAUGGUGUAAAGCAAUGUAUUUUGGUGAAAGUAUGCCUUGUAUUAUGUGCAUUCACCACAUAAUUACAUUCAUUUGAAUGCCGUUGUAUCCAUGUUUGCCCUUCAGCAAGGUGAAAUCAAACCUAAAAGAUUCCCAUUACAUAAUGUAGCAUGUUUCUGCAGGCUGCAUCGGGCUGCAGAGCUCAGAGAGAGGAGGAUGAGCUCUUUCAGUUCUGAAUGCAUCCCAAACUUCAGCAAGCAGUGUCAGACUAGCACAAGCUUUCAAGAGCAGUAUGAGUGAAGCCAGAAUCAAGAAAUCAUGAAUAGAACUUUUCUGGAACUGCGCAGACAACAGAGCUGUAAGCCGAGAGGAGAACUCAGUAAAUAAGAGCAGUCUGGAAGUUUACUCAGAGCAGAAUUGCCAUUGAUCCCAGAAAACAAUUCCACUUCCCCUGCUGUUACCGGUGAAUGCUUCCCAGCAAAAAAUAAAGCACCAGGGAUGUAAGAAGACAGGGGUGGUGGAGGGCAGGAAGAGGAGGAGAGACAGAAGGGAGGGCCAUGGAGGGAAACUCUUGUGAUGCCCCUGCUUUUCUUCUCGUGCCCCCAUGUGUGGACAGCCAGUUUGGUGCUGGGACAAAACUAAGCUGAGAAGCUGCUGUCAACAGCUGGCUCCUGCUGUUGUUCAAAGUGUGUGUGUGUGUGUGUGUGUGUGUGCUCACCUCUGCAUCAUCACAUGAUAUUUGUCCUCAGGAAGACUUGUCGUAUCAGGUGACAGAUAAGGAGCCUCAACUUCAUUCAAGACGGCAGAAUAACAGUGAUUCCACCUCUUCCUCUUGACUGUACCCUUUCUGUGCCCUUUCCCUCCACCCUCUCCAGUCCUUGUGUUUCAGGUGGGGGUUCGGUCUGUGAGCAGUGAUGGGGGACUGGAGUCUCCUGGGGAAUUUCCUAGAGGAAGUCCAGGAACACUCCACCUCGGUUGGGAAGGUCUGGCUCACCGUCCUCUUUAUCUUCCGCAUCCUGGUGCUGGGCACGGCGGCCGAGUCCGCCUGGGGCGACGAGCAGAGCGACUUCCUGUGUGACACUCAACAGCCCGGUUGCACCAAUGUGUGUUACGACAGCGCCUUCCCUAUCGCCCACAUUCGCUACUGGGUGCUACAGAUUGUUUUUGUGUCCACGCCGUCCCUCAUCUACAUGGGCCAUGCCAUGCACAUGGUGCGCAGCGAGGAGAAGCAGCGGAAGAAGGAGCAGGAGGACAGGGAAUCAAAGGAUGAGGGCAGGGGAGACCUGGAAGGGGAGAAGGAGUACCUCCAGCAGAAGGAGGAUGGGAAGGAGAUGACAUUUGAUAGGAAUGGUCGCAUUCGCCUGAAAGGGGCACUGUUGCAGACUUACAUCCUGAGCAUUGUGAUUCGUACUGUGAUGGAGGUAACAUUCAUUGUGGUGCAGUACCUGAUCUAUGGGGUAUUCCUCAAAGCAUUGUACUUAUGCAGCACCUCUCCCUGCCCCAACCUAGUCAAUUGUUACAUGUCCCGGCCCACAGAGAAAAAUGUCUUCAUCAUCUUCAUGCUGGUGGUAGCCGGUGUGUCACUAUUGCUCUCUGUGUUGGAGCUUUACCACCUUAUCUGGAAGAGUGUCAGAAAGUGUGUGCGCAACAAGGCGAUACAGAGGAACAACCACACGACUGUGACAGUGGCCAUGUCUGCAGCCUUGGAGCCCAGCAGCCCACCGCGGCCGUCGGCCUCCUGCACUCCACCUCCUGACUUCAACCAGUGCCUGGCAGCCCCAAGCACCAUGGACCCCAUGACCUCUAUGGCCUCUCAUCCUUUCAACACCAGGAUGGCGCUGCAGCAGAACUCAGUCAACUUGGCCACCGAGCAGCAUCACAGCCGCGACAACCUAGAGGAUGAGGAAGACUUCCUGAGGAUGAGAUAUGACCAGGCACCCACAGAGGUGUCCAACAGCUGCUCCCCAUCACCUCUGCUUCACUCUGGCUACAUGAAGGACAAACGCCGCCUGAGCAAGACCAGUGGCACCAGCAGUCGGGCUCGCCAAAAUGACCUAGCAGUAUAGAUCCUGAACCAAAUGGAGUGGCUGGAACUUCAAAACCACGAAGCAGGGUAGAAAGAAAAGGGGCGGCUGUGGCUCAGGAGGUAGAGCGGGUAGUUUCCUAACCGGAGGAUUAGCGGUUCGAUUCC